AUGUACAGAGCUCCCUCACGCUGGACGCUGCCGAAUAACACGAUUUUAUGUACCUUCGGGGCUCUAUUCAACAUGUCUGCAGCGUGGCCCGAGGAAGGCCUCUGCGACAUCAUUUUCUUGGACUACUUCUACAGAUCUGGGAGGGGCACCUUUCUCGACAGCAGCUCGGAAGGGUUGAAGUGGUUUCGUGACUUCGCCCGGAACUACAGCGGAACCACCCAAUUCGGAAUAGGAAUUGACCACCGCAAUGCCCUUAGAGCAUACGAGGACCUCAACAAAGCCGAUGGUAUGAGAACAUUUUCAGACUUCUGGAAAAUGAACAUCCGGCAUUACGGACUGCUUAAAUUUCAAGUGCACGAAAAUCUAACCCAAAGGAGUACCGUCCAGAACUACAAUAUUCUUUUCAAGAGAUUGAGAGAGCUCCAGGAAAUGAAUAGAGCCGGGGACGUCCAUAAAUUUGGAUACAUCAUCCUUGGCGUUGGCCUCUUUGCCCCCAGGACCGGCAAAGCCUACGACUACCUGGAAGAACUUCUUCGGCCCAGGAGC